UUUUUAUAUUGUAUUUUGGUAGUUGCCAAAGAACGUACGCAUCAUGGGGAACGUGUCAUGCAUGUGUUCUUCGAUCAACAUUUUUUUCUUGCAUAAUUAAUUUCGUCGAUUUAUUCCAUUUUUUAAUAUUUAUUAUCUUCCUCUAAAUUCUCCUCCUAUCUCUUUCCUCUCCAUCAAUGCUCUUGCUCUCUCCUUCUUCACUGAAGCAAGCAAGCAAGCGAGCAGCCGACAGCAUCCUUCAUCUCCACCCAAAUUUGAUUUUUUUUCAGUGGUGAUACAUAGUGAAUCCCAAAUUGAACCAGUUUGAGGUGAGAUGGCCAAAGGCGAGGGAGGCGGCGGUGGCGGCGGAGGAGGAGGCGGCGGUGGCGGUGGCGGCGGAGCGCCGAAGACGGAUGACACGGCGCCCCACCCGGUGAAGGAGCAGCUACCGAAUGUUUCUUACUGCAUCACCAGCCCUCCUCCAUGGCCUGAAGCUGUUCUUCUUGGAUUCCAGCAUUACCUGGUCAUGUUGGGCACCACAGUUAUCAUUCCUACCAUUCUUGUUCCUCAGAUGGGUGGUGGAAAUGAUGAGAAAGCUAGAGUGAUCCAAACACUACUCUUUGUGGCUGGAUUGAACACACUCAUACAGACAACUGUUGGAACUCGGUUGCCUGCCGUAAUUGGAGGCUCAUACACAUUUGUUGUGCCAACUGUCUCGAUAAUUUUGGAUGAUCGGUUCAGCCACAUUGUUGAUCCACACGAAAGAUUUCGGAGGACAAUGCGGGCUACUCAGGGUGCUCUUAUUGUUGCUUCCAUCAUUCAGAUGAUUGUCGGUUUUAGUGGAUUCUGGAGGGUUGCAGCAAAACAUUUAAGCCCCCUUUCUGCUGCGCCACUGGUUGCUUUGGCUGGCUUUGGCCUCUAUGAACACGGUUUUCCUGGAGUUGCAAAAUGUAUUGAAAUUGGACUUCCACAGCUAAUAGCACUAGUAGCAUUGUCACAGUAUGUGCCACAUUUCCUACAUGUGAAGAAGGAUAUAUUCGACCGGUUUGCAGUCAUAUUCACUGUUGCAAUAGUAUGGUUCUAUGCUUACAUCCUCACCAUAGGAGGUGCAUACAGGCAUGCCGCACCAAGAACUCAGCUACAUUGUCGUACCGAUCGCUCUGGACUUGUCGGCGGAUCUCCAUGGAUAAGAAUACCAUAUCCUUUCCAAUGGGGGAGACCAAGUUUCAAUGCAGGUGAAUCUUUUGCGAUGAUGGCAGCUGCAUUCGUUGCUCUUGUAGAGUCAACUGGUACUUUCAUUGCGGUUUCGAGGUAUGCAAGUGCCACACAGAUUCCCGCUUCAGUUCUAAGUCGAGGUGUCGGUUGGCAGGGAGUUGGAAUAUUGUUGGAUGGAAUAUUUGGGACGGCAAAUGGUUCCACUGUGUCCCCCGAAAAUGCUGGUCUGUUAGCAUUAACUCGUGUUGGCAGUCGAAGAGUUGUUCAAAUAUCUGCAGGCUUCAUGAUUUUCUUCUCUAUUCUCGGAAAAUUUGGAGCUGUUUUCGCAUCCAUUCCACUGCCAAUUGUUGCGGCUUUGUAUUGCCUUUUCUUUGCAUAUGUCGGAGCUGCAGGUCUUGGCUACCUUCAGUUCUGCAGCCUCAACAAUUUUAGGGUGCUAUUCAUCCUAGGGCUCUCAGUGUUUCUUGGCUUCUCGGUCCCUCAAUACUUCAAGGAGUAUACGUUAGUCGCCGGCCAUGGCCCUGCACACACUAAUGCCAGAUGGUUCAACGAUAUUGUCCAUGUGAUAUUCUCCUCGGAGGCGUUUGUUGCGGGCUUGGUUGCAUAUUUCCUCGACUACACUCUGAACAAGAACGAUAAAGACAUGAGGAAAGAAAGGGGUUACCAUUUUUGGGACAAGUUUAGGACCAUGGACAAAGACCCAAGAAGUGAAGAGUUUUAUAAAUUGCCAUUUAAUCUUGAUAGAUUCUUCCCAUCAAACUGAAUGCAGAGUUUCGCGAACAGCUUAAACAAUCGAUCGGAUCCAGGUGUGCGCUUUUCUUACAUUGUUUGUAGAUGUCUAUUUUGUGUAUUCCGAUAGGUAAAGCUACAUGUUGUCUUCCUAUUUCACUUCUGUAUCGUAAAGGAUAAAUGUUUGGGAUUAUUACUUCUACCUUGGCCCCUAUCAUUUUUAACA